ACGCGCGGUUGCAUCAGCGUGAAUACUAGUUUCAGACACCGGUUCCGUUCACUGUAGUCGAUUUCAGCUGUGUGUCUGUCUGACCUGUCAAAGUAGUUUCAUUCAGGAGUGUCCAAAAGUGACAGAGGGUCAAAUGAAACUGUAUAUCGCCGACGGGAAUCCGCACUGUAUUAAAGUGCUGGCGGCGCUGGACCUCACUGGAGUGAAAUGUGACAUAGAAACGGUCAGCCACGAGGAGAAAGUGGUCCCUCACCUCAGUCACCCUGUGUUACCUGUCCUGCUGUUACCCGGCGGUCAGCAUCUCUUCAGCCCCAACAGCAUCUGCCAAUACCUGUUUGACGUCAGUGGUCAGGCGGCAACUGAUGCAACUAACCAGUGGCUGGAAUGGGAAGCGACACAUUUACAGCCUGCAGUGUUGCAGUCUCUGCACAUGGUGGCGCUGCAGGGGAAGCGUGCCGAGGCGGCAGCUGUAAUGAAGGAGCCGCUGAACUGGCUGGAACAGAAUCUGAGCAAGAAAAACACGCCGUUUCUUAUUGCAGAGGCCGUGUCAGUUGCAGAUGUCGUCCUGUGGGCGGCGCUGUAUCCUCUCAUAUCUGACUCCGGUUUUGAUGCCGGUGAGCUGCGGACCGUGCAUGGCUGGUUUGACCGUGUCGGUGAUCUUGCGGCGUGUCAGACGGCCGCUCACAAAGUCCUGCAUGGAAAAGGUGUUGAAGCCCUGAAAACUUUCCUUCAGAAACACCCAGUCACACAUCACCGGGACAGUCCCACCAACAACACUGAGGCUGAAGAUGCCGAGCACGUGAUGACCGUGGAGGAGAUUGAAGAAGCUGCUCAGGUCUGGUCUGCUGGACUCAAAGGUUCUCCUGCAUCCACAGAGAGGAAACACCCAAUUCUCCCUCAGGAAGGAAAGAGAAACGUGCUGCUCACCAGCGCUCUGCCGUACGUAAACAACGUGCCGCACCUGGGAAACAUCAUCGGCUGUGUGCUCAGCGCCGACGUGUUCGCCAGAUAUGGGCGUUUGCGAGGCUGGAAUCUGCUGUUCGUCUGCGGUACAGAUGAGUACGGGACGGCGACGGAGAACAAGGCCCGUGAGGAGGGUCUGACGCCGCAGGAGAUCUGCGACAAAUAUCACGCCAUCCACGCCGCCAUCUACCAGUGGUUCCAGAUUGACUUUGAUUUCUUCGGUCGCACCACCACUGAACGCCAGACUGAGAUCGCUCAGGACAUCUUCUGGCGUCUGCAUGAGCGGGAUUUUCUGCUGGAGGACACGGUCGAGCAGCUGCGUUGUGAAAGCUGUCAGCGCUUCCUGGCCGAUCGCUUUGUGGAGGGCGAGUGCCCUCACUGCCGUUACCCAGAGGCCCGUGGGGACCAGUGUGACAAAUGUGGCCGUCUGAUCAACGCCGUGGAGCUCAGGAAUCCCCAGUGUAAGGUGUGCAAGCAGACGCCGGUGAUCCGCUCCUCUAAACACCUGUUUCUGAACCUGCCGAAGCUGGAGGACGAGCUGGAGCAGUGGCUCAACAAGUCGACGAGCGCCGGCGACUGGACGGGAAACGCGAAGCACAUCACGCGCUCGUGGCUCCGCGACGGCCUGAAACCGCGAUGCAUCACACGUGACCUGCAGUGGGGGACGCCUGUGCCGCACGAGGACUUCAAGGAAAAGGUGUUCUACGUGUGGUUUGACGCUCCGAUUGGCUACCUCUCCAUCACCGCAAACUACACCGACCAAUGGGAGAAAUGGUGGAAGAAUCCUCAGCAGGUGGAGCUCUAUAACUUCAUGGCGAAGGACAACGUUCCGUUCCACAGUGUCGUUUUCCCUUGUUCACUUCUGGGAGCUCAAGACAACUACACACUGGUGAAUCACCUCAUUGCUACUGAAUACUUGAAUUACGAGGACACCAAGUUCUCCAAGAGUCGAGGUGUCGGUGUGUUCGGUGACAUGGCUAAAGACACAGGAAUCCCGUCCGACGUCUGGCGCUUUUAUCUUCUGUAUCUGCGGCCUGAAGGCCAGGACUCUGCUUUCUCCUGGAGCGACAUGGCUCUUAAAAACAACUCUGAGCUCCUCAACAACCUCGGCAACUUCAUCAACAGGGCCGGGAUGUUCGUCAGUAAGUUUUUUGACGGCCACGUUCCUGAGAUGCUCCUGAAUGAAGACGAUAAGCGGCUCAUCGCUCAGGUCUGCUGGGAGCUCAAGCAGUACAUCCAGCUGCUGGAUAAAGUCAGGAUCCGUGACGCCCUGAAGUGCAUCCUGAACAUCUCUCGUCACGGGAAUCAGUACAUUCAGGUUAACGAACCAUGGAAGAAGAUCAAAGGAGGAGACGGUGACAGGCAACGGGCCGGUACCGUGACGGGCGUUUCAGUGAACGUGGCGUGUCUCCUGUCGGCCGUGUUGGAGCCGUACAUGCCCACCGUCAGUCACACCAUCCGCGAGCAGCUGCAGGCUCCGCCCACCUGCGCCGGCGCUAUGCUGCAGGCCGCGGGAACCUUCAUCUGCACGCUGCCCGCCGGACAUCGCAUCGGCACGGUCAGUCCUUUGUUCCAAAAGUUGGAGAACGAACAGAUUGAGGCUCUGAGGAAAAGAUUUGGAGGACAACAGCCAGAAGAGGAGAGCGUAAAAGCGAAGACUCCGAGUUCCAGCAGCGCUGCAGUCGAGACCAAACCCAGCGCUGGUGCGGCGCAGGACGCCUCGCUGAAUGUAAACGCGGAUCCAGAGAGAGCCAAACAAUUGACGGCUUUAGUGACAGAACAAGGCAUUAAAGUACGAGGCCUAAAAACCCAGAAAGCUGAGAAGUCUAUUAUUGACGAGGAAGUCAAGAAAUUACUGGAACUGAAAAAACAGCUUUCUCUUGCGGAGGGCAAAAACCCAGAGCCGGCCGCUCAGAAAGGAAAAAAGAAGUAAAAAGGUGAACAUGAGCAAAAAAAAAAA